UUUUAGAACGCACCCAUCAUCUUCGUGUUCGUGAGAAUCCUGAGAAAAAAUCAAACUUGAUAUUAUACCCGGUAGCGGAUUUUGUGCGCGUCCGGUGAAUUUUCAGGAAAACAUAAACAAACGUGCGAGGAGAGGUUUAUGAGAACCUGUAAACGCAAGUGAAUGAGUUAUCAUUGUUGUCAGCAAAAAGUAGUCUGUAAAAAUGGCGUUGCGUACUUAUGGAGACAAACCCAUAAGUUUUCAAGUCGAGGAAAAUGGGGAGUACUACUGCAUCGGGUCGGAGGUCGGCAAUUAUCUGCGCCUUUUCCGUGGGUCCCUAUACAAGAGAUAUCCUGGCAUGUUUAGAAGAUCCAUAACCAAUGAUGAACGUAAGAAAUUGGUGGAACUUGGACUAAGUCAGCAUGUUCUUGCAUCCAGUGUUUCGCUGUUAAGAGCCAGUGAGGUGGAGGAUAUUAUUGAGGGUAAUGAUGACAAGUACAAAGCUGUGUCUGUACACUCGACCGAACCUCCAGCACCUAGAGAGGGUAAAUCCAAGAAGUCAAUGGCAUGGGUACCUAGUUUACCAAACAGUUCACACCUGGAUGCAGUUCCUCAAGCUACGCCAAUUAAUCGCAACAGAGUGCACAACAAGAAAGUUAGAACAUUUCCAUUAUGUUUUGACGAUACAGAUCCAUCUGCAAACUUGGAAAACGCAGCGCAACAGGAAAUGCUGGUCCCAAUACGUUUAGAUAUGGAAAUCGAAGGCCAGAAAUUAAGGGACACUUUCACUUGGAAUAAAAAUGAAAGUCUUAUAACACCCGAACAAUUUGCUGAGGUAUUAUGUGAUGAUUUAGACUUAAAUCCAUUGACCUUUGUUCCUGCGAUUGCACAGGCGAUAAGACAGCAAAUAGAAGCAUUCCCUCAGGAAACAAUUCUAGAAGAUCAGUGUGAUCAGAGAGUGAUAAUUAAGUUAAAUAUACAUGUGGGCAAUACCUCUCUAGUAGAUCAAGUAGAAUGGGACAUGUCUGAGAAGGAGAAUAAUCCAGAGAAGUUCGCAAUGAAGCUUUGUGCUGAGCUUGGUCUUGGUGGAGAAUUUGUCACUGCUAUCGCUUACAGUGUACGUGGGCAAUUAUCGUGGCAUCAAAGAACGUACGCGUUUUCCGAAGCACCUCUUCCGACUGUAGAGGUUCCCUUCAGACCUCCAUCAGAAGCCGAUCAGUGGGCACCAUUUUUGGAAACUCUAACAGAUGCAGAAAUGGAAAAGAAGAUACGCGAUCAAGAUCGAAAUACUCGACGUAUGCGACGUUUAGCAAACACGACGCCCGGCUGGUAAAAAAAACAUAUCUAGAAAAAGAAUACAUCCAUACCAUCUAUAUCCUUUAGCCAUCCUAAUUUUUAGUAUGCAUUAAUAUUUAUAAGAUUUAUAAGUAAUGAUAUAUAAUUUUUAUUAAGAUACCUACGUAAGAUACGAGAUAUGCGAAGCUAUUUGUAAAAAUAACGGAUAUAUGGUUGCAAUUAUUAAAAAAAAAGAAAUGUAAUUACGUGAUUACUUGUCAUUGCUCAUGGAACAUUUUUAUGUAUACACAGGGUACUCUAAAUUUGAUGCAAGUUAUUCUUCCAUUUAGAGUCUUUUUUGCACUUCUAUAUAUUUCAACAUUUUUUUCUAAUUAUGUAAUAGUUUAUUUGUUCGUUUGAUUGUAUGAUGGAUAAGUAUUGUCUUAUAUCGUACGUGUACAUGGUAUAAUCGACAGCGCAGUUAUUGGCACGUACAUAUCAUACGAUACUUCAAUCGAAUCCUGAUAAAGCAGACACAACCUUGAUAUAAUAUCGACUGCAAUCGUACGACGAGACAACAGACCAUGAGAUUGUAUUCGCACAUGAUAAACGAUUAUAAAGCA